AUGUUCAUCCUCGUAGGUUCACCUCUUCCCUCUCAAGAGUUAGAAGAAGAAGCAACGCUUUCUGACCGUCCUUCGCAGACCACCAUCUCCGAUCUAGUCCAGAUCUCGCCCGAGGACUUUUCCAAGUUCAGUGCGGUGGCCAUCGAAGAUAACAUCAACGAGAAAUAUGCAAACAAGGUCAUCCAAAAAGUCGGCCUAUGUAUUGGCUUCUACGAUCUCCUAGAGUCAUCGGACGGUCUGAUCGGUCAUGGAACCGGUCUUGUCAAUGUUAAUGUUAAAUUUCGAAUGAUUGUCUUUCGACCAUUCAAGGGGGAAAUCGUAAUAGGAAAGAUUACCAGUGGGACAGAGCAUGGGAUUAAGAUUGGCGUAGAAUUCUUCAACGAUAUUCUCAUCCCACCCGACCUGCUUCUUCCAGGAGCUAGAUUCGACUACGCGGACCAAGUCUGGAUCUGGGAAAACGAAGAAGGCUCAACUUUCUACUUCGACAUCGGUGAAAUCGUCCGAUUCCGAGUUGAAGUCGAGGAAUGGCAUGAUCAGAUCCCGAACGCCCCGGAUCUGGGUGACGGAACGCCAGUUUCGGAGAGGAAGCCACCAUAUUCGAUCAUUGUAUGUGUUGCGUGUUUUCUUUAUAUGAUAUCUAAUGGUGAACCGUGCUGA